AUGCCGACCGACAUGAUCUUUGAGCCCGAGCGGCGCGUGCCCAUCCCCGCGACCGAUAUCCUCACGUAUCUUUUUGCGAAUCCGAAAUAUGAUGUGGAUAAGCCGGUCUACAUCGACGUCGCGAAUCCAUCGCGGAGCAUAUCCCAAAACCAGGCGCGCACAAUCAUCCGACAGCUCAUCGCUGGCCUACGCGCUUGGGGCGUCAAAGAGGGCGAUUGCGUCGCGAUCCAUUCGUUCAAUGAUAUCUACUACUCAAUGCUCGUCCUCGCAAUCGUCGGCUGCGGAGGCGUCUACACAGGGACAAACCCCGCGUACACCCCGCACGAACUCGCCCACCACUUUCGCGCCGCGGAAACCCGCUUCGUCAUCUCUGAGCCGGAGAUCCUCGACCCGAUCCUAAUCGCCGCAAAAGAAGUGAGCAUACCGGAAUCCCGCAUCCGGAUCUUCAAUACACAAAAGGACCAAACCAUCCCACCCGGCCGGGUGCCAUGGACCGAACUGUUCAACCACGGCGAAGCCGACUGGAUCUCAUUUGACGACCUCGAGCGCGCAAAGCGCACACCCGCCGCGAGGCUGUUUAGUUCCGGGACGACGGGCCUCCCCAAGGCCGUGACGAACACGCACCACAAUCUCGUUGCGCAGCAGGAGGUUGUGUUCGAGGUGAAUCCGCGCGGGUACGAGGCCAGCCGCGUCAUUGCAAUCCCGCUCUUCCACGCCGCCGCCGCCCCCAGCACGCAUUUUGGGAUCCUCAAGGCGGGACACACGAUCUACAUGAUGCGCCGCUUUGAUCUGCCCGUGUUCUUGCGGACGUUUGAGAAAUAUGGCAUCACGGACCUGACUCUCGUCCCGCCGAUUGCGAUUGCGAUCCUCAUGAGCGAGCUCACGCAUUCGAGACCGUUCCUUAAAUCCGUGCGCACGGCGAGUUGUGGGGCUGCGCCGCUGGAUAAGGAUGUUCAGGCGCGCAUCCAGAAGUUGCUUGGACCCGGGGCGCCGUUCACGCAGGUCUGGGGGAUGACCGAGACGAGCUGUAUUGCGACCAUGUUUCCGUAUCCGGAGGAUGAUGAUACCGGGAGUGUGGGGAGGUUGGUGCCGAAUGUUGAAGCCAAGCUCAUCAACGACGCCGGCGAGAAUAUAUCCGCCUACAACGUCCGAGGCGAGCUCUGCGUCCGCGGACCGACAAUCACACCGGGGUACUACAAGAACCCCUCCGCAAAUGCCUCCUCCUUUGAUAGCGACGGCUGGUUCCACACGGGCGACAUUGCCUAUUGUGACGGAGAGACGAAAAAAUGGUACAUCGUCGACCGGAAAAAAGAACUCAUCAAAGUCCGCGGGUUCCAGGUUGCGCCGCCGGAACUCGAAGGGGUUCUGCUGUCGCAUCCGGGGAUCGCGGAUGCCGCUGUUAUUGGGGUUAGGGAUGUCAGUGUUGGUGGUGGGGAUGGGGAGUUGCCGCGGGCGUAUGUUGUUCGAAAGCCGGGGCAGGCGGGGCAGGGGCUCGAUGAGGAGGAGGUUAAGGGGUACCUUGCGGGAAGACUCGCCAAGUACAAGGCUUUGACUGGGGGCGUGAGGUUUGUGCAGGCGAUUCCGAAGAAUGCGAGUGGGAAGAUUCUCAAGAGGGUUCUGCGCGAGGAGGCGGAGAGGGAGAUCAAGGCUGGGGUGGGCAAGGGGAAGCUGUAG